CAGUAGAUACCCCAUAAUCCUCCCUGACCCCAGUUUCAAUCCCUGCCUCAUCCCUGUGCCUGAAUCCAUCAACUUCCACAGUCCCUGACUUCAGCCUCACUCUUGCCUCGUAUCUGCUCAGAUACACACUUCUUAAGCACUUCUUUCUGGGAAGAAAAGAAACUUUUUUAUGCCUAAUUUUUUUGUACAAGAAGAAUAAAAGAAGAGAAAACAAAAAUGUCCGUUGAUCGAUUCGACUGCCAUUACUGCAAAGACUCUCUGCUGGGGAAGAAGUACAUCAUGAAAGAGGAUACACAGUACUGCACAAAGUGUUAUGAGAACCUGUUUGCUAACUGCUGUAAAGCAUGCUCCUCACCUAUUGGCUGUAACUUUAAGGACCUGUCCUACAAGGAUCGCCACUGGCAUGAACAGUGUUUCAAGUGUGCAAAGUGCAGCCGCUCUCUGGUAGAGAAGGCCUUUGCAGCUAAGGAGGAUUCACUGCUCUGCACUGAAUGCUAUGCACAUGAUUACUCUUCCAAGUGCAACACCUGCAAGAAAACCAUCAUGCCAGGUUCCCGAAAAAUGGAGUACAAGGGGAACAGCUGGCAUGAGACUUGCUUCCUGUGUCACCGCUGCCAACAGCCAAUAGGAACCAAGUAUUUCAUCCCCAAAGACUCCGGCUACUUCUGUGUGCCCUGCUUUGAAAAGCAGUUUGCAUACCAGUGCUGUGCUUGUAAAAAGGCCAUCACAACGGGAGGUGUGACAUAUCAAGAUAAGCCUUGGCAUCGUGAGUGCUUCCUCUGCAUUGGUUGCAGAAAGCAGCUAUCAGGGAAGCGUUUCACCUCCAGGGAGAAUUACCCCUACUGCCUGGAGUGCUUCAGCAACCUGUAUGCUAAGAAGUGUGUGGGUUGCACUAAAUCUAUUUCUAGUUUGGCAGGUGCCAAGUAUGUCUCAUUUGAGGAGCGUCAAUGGCACAGUGAGUGUUUCUCCUGUAUGCAGUGCUCUGUGUCACUGGUGGGACGUGGCUUCCUCACCCAGAGGGAUGACAUUUUGUGCACCGACUGCGGCAGGGAGAAAUGAUUUUUUGAGAAGUUCAUCCACACUGUAGCUGCUUAUGUUCUCUUUUAUGAGUCAGUAGUUGAUGUUAGUAUUCUGGGAAGAUAAAUCCACAUUUGCAUUGGUCUUAUUUUAAGAGCAUUGGAUGAUGAACCAGCUAAUAUUGUGUCACUUACUUUAAAACAGCUUUCUUCUUUAAAAGUAUUUAUGAUGGCACUCAUCAAUGGUCACUGUGACAUUUGCCACAUAUAUAAACCUCAGCUUUCAUAUCUUAAUUUAGGAAAUAUGCUUCCUUAAUGCAAUAUUGUGGUGCUUAAUGUAAACAUGCAUUUUCAUUUGUCAAGAUAGAGUCUGUAUUUCAUACUACAACACUAAAAUAAGAGAGAAACUGACAAAUUGCUCAAUGCUACGAAUAACAGCAGCUUUCAAUAAUGUUUGCAUCUUGAUGUAUGUUAUUAUGUUUACAAAGAAGCACAAGUAGAAAAUCCUGCAUGUUGUCUUUCAACAUAUAAUAGGUGUUCUAAUAAAGUUUCCAAAUGCCUGGUUU